AUGGCGGCCCCUGCUGAGUCGCCCAGCCUCCGAACCGGCUCCUCUCAAGAUGCAAGCCACAAGACAGGCCUGCCCAUCGAGGCCCUCGACAUCAACCGGGACCGCACCCAUGCCAUCCUGGCCGGCAAGGAGAUCCUCAAGACCGUCCGCGUCCAGCAGCAGGAUGCCAGGAUCGUCGAGGAGACCAACCUGCGCGCUGCCGUCAUCAACUACUCCGACCACGCCCAUGCCAGACAACGCAACGGUCUUGGCAUUCAAGACGUCAAGUGGUCCCAUGGCCAGUUUAACACGCACAUAGCCACCGCCGCUGCCAACGGCAAGGUCAUUCUCUAUGACCUCAAUCGGGCAGGUGUUGAGCUGGCUCGCCUACAUGAGCAUACUCGUCAGGUCCACAAGCUAGCCUUUAACCCUCAUCAAGGCCACUUGCUGUUGUCUGCAAGCCAUGACGGCACAGUUCGCUUGUGGGACCUCCGUGACACGAGAAAAGAAAUCAUGACCUGCCGCAGCAGAGACCAGUAUGCUGGCCUCAACGGUGCCAUCUAUGACAUCCAAUGGUCGCCCACUGAUGCCGUCGAAUUCGCUUUUGGCACCGACAACGGGACCAUCAUGCGCUGGGAUUACAGCAACAAUAGAGUUGCCAAACAGAAGAUCACAGCCCAUGAACAGAAACCCUGCACCGCCAUCGAUUGGCAUCCUGACGGAAAGCAUCUGCUCAGCGCGGGUCUCGACCGGACCGUCAAAGUGUGGGAUUUCUCCAUCGGUGUCAGGCGACAGAAGCCAACACUUACGCUACACACUCCAUAUCCCGUACACAACGCGCGUUGGCGACCGCCCAACUGGUCUGAGGAAGGUGCAUAUCAAUGCACUCAGCUUGCGACCGCUUAUGACCGUGACCACUCAACCAUCCAUUUGUGGGAUUUUCGACGUCCGCACUUACCCUUCCGUGAAAUCAACAAAUUCUCGAGUGCUCCAUCUGACAUGCUCUGGCACUCGCGUGACACGCUUUGGACCGUGGGUCGAGAAGGCGUCUUCCAGCAGAACGACGUACAUCACGCGCCUAGAACCCUAGAUCGUCGGAAUCUACAGGCGAUAGCCGUAUCAUCAAGCGGGGAGAUCGGCGGGAUCGCUCAGAGAAGGCCACGUCGCCGGCGCUCGACAGGUCUAGCAUAUUCAGAAGACACCUAUGCUGCUGGAUCUCGAGAAAAGCGUAGUAGUCCGGAGAAGUCCAGCCUGCGUAGUUCGGGAGAAAACAGUUUUGACGAGAACUUCUUGCUGACCAGGAGGCACCAUGGUCGCACAGCAAGCAACAGAUCUGCUAAAUCGUUUGGUAGCACCCCUCCCUCCGAUGCUGCACCCAAAGUCAUGUUCCUCACCGAUUCCAUGGUCGUACAAAAUGAGACAUCACGGCCAAAUCAGCUCGCAUUGCGUGGUACACUCCCUGGAACAACGAACAUUCAAAUAUUCGCAUAUCUUGCGCAAAAGUACAGAGCAAUACCGUUGACAGAUCCGCCUACAGUGCAAUCUUUUGAGGAUGUACAGCACAUCUUCGAAAAGAACGCGGAAUACGCUCAGAGAGCUGCAUGUUACCGACUUGCUACAACAUGGAGGUUUGUUGGCUUUACUGUCGCUAGUAACCUGCAACGUCGAGCGCAGUUGCACAGGAACCGACGUCGAGUGAGAACCAAGCCUACAACACUAGCGUCAUUAGGUUUCCAACCAGAACCUCUUUCGGAAAAACUGAAGGCACAUGACAAGCAGAAAAGUCACUCAGACCUUGCCACCGCUGCUCCCGUAAAUCUAGUGCAGACCACUUCUCCCAGCCACAGCACAGACCAAAACAUUGCCACUACCGAAAGCACUUCGAAUAUUGCCACUCCGCUUGCACGGCCGCUUACAGGAAUACCCGUAACAGCCAAUGAAAAGCAACGAUCUCCACUUCCAGAUAUAGAUCGCGAUGAGAAGAUUGAGCUGCCUCCGGCGAUUGCUGGACCUCAUUCCAACAAUGGUCUUCUAGCUCCAGACAGUGCAAGCCGUCAAGCUGAUCGUGCUGCUAAUCGUCCUAGGUUUAACGGACCGCAAUGGUACCAUUCGACGAAUGACCUUGAUGAACGAAGGGCGAUGGUCGGUAGUUGGCGGGCGCCUCCCCGAGUACCUCUCAGUUUUGAGCCACCGGAAAGCCGGGGGCUGAACAUACAGGUACCGCCCCGACUAGAUCGGCAUGACUCUGACGAGAGCUUUGCUAUGUUUUCUGCUUCAACCGACUCGCAGCAUGGAAGCUCUAUGCCUGGUUCCUUGAACAGUGGCACAUCUCAUCCACAGAACGUCGAUGCGGGAUCUCAUGAGCCUUUACGUCCAUUUGAUGAGUCAAGCUUUGGGAAGCUGAUGCCCUCUGCAAUUGGUGCAGAUCAUCGUGAACAGUUGCACCAAAGUAUUCAAAUAUCUCCCACGACUAUUCCCAAGAUUGAUGGUUCGACGACAGCCUCGCAUGACCGCGACAAGCUAGGAACGGCUUGCGAUGAUGCAAGUCCACCGCCAGACAAUGUCAGUCAGGAACAAGCGAUGCAUGAUUUCGAAAACUUGCAUCGAAACAAUCAGUUGCUUCGUCAUGACAGUUCUGAGUCGGAGGCAUUCACAAGUAGUGGCAGUGGGGUUUCUGUAUCUUCGCUGAUGGGAUACAGUCUCGACAUGGAAGCCAGUGGAACAAUCGUUCCAGACGGGCAUGAUCCCACAAGGUCCCCACAAGGCCUAAACCCCCCUGUUAUUCUUCCGCAUGCAACCGAGAGCGCUGCUCCGGCACUCGAUCCCGCAUCCGAAGAUCGCUUGCUCCUAGAAGAUUUCCAGGCUAUGCACGUUGAUGCAGAGGAGGAACAACCUUUCGCUAUGAUUGGUUUGCUCGAAAAUCUUCUCAAAUUCUUCACCGACUCUCAAGCCGACGCACAAACCUCCUCGCUUAUCCUGCUCCUUCUAACGCCUCUACUACCGCAAGCGCGCGGCGACCCGGGCCAGUCAGAUAUCGACCUCAAGUCCACACUGGCAGCCUAUACGGAGACCUUCACCGCCCUAGGUCUCUCCCCUACCCAGUCGGAAACGAUACUUUCUACUGAAAUGAGAAAGAUCAUUGCGACAGGCAUAAACCCCUACCAGGCAGAAGCAAUCCUCCACACUUACCAUUCACAACUUCAUAGUCUUUCGUUGUACAACGCUGCCGCUACUGUGCGUCGACUUGCAUAUCCAACGUACCCGGCCGUGUAUGAACAAGCACUCAAAGGUACCCAGAUCGGACUGUUAUGUCUCAGUUGCAAGUCUCCGAUCAAUAAUCCAAAGGACAAGAUGCGCUGCGAAACAUGCAAACGGGCUCAAGCGCCUUGCCCUAUCUGCUGGGGUAGAUAUCCAGCAUUUGAGGCCGUUACCACAAAGAACAAAGCAAAGGCGAAACUCCGUAUGAGCAGCUUGAGGGAUACAGACCACAAACGAAAGCGUUCGUCUUUGCUCUCAAGCGUGGCAGCUGAUGUGGACGAGGAUUAUGACCAUCCGUCAGCCAGUGUGCCCGAGCCUGUGGCUCUACCGAACACAAUGUUGUGGACGUGGUGUCCGAUCUGUGGUCACGGCGGACAUACCCAUUGUCUCUCCACUUGGUUUUCCGAUGCAAGGAUCUCCGACGGGGCAUGUGCAACCGAAGGAUGUCUGUGUGAUUGUGUGCAAGGCAAGAGCCGUGAAGAAAAAGUACACCAGAUCCUGCGCUUGAAAGCGGAGAAAGAACGAUCAAGAGUUGUGAGGAAAGGUGACGACUGGAAAGUCGGGGAAAGCAAGGCUGUCUCCGCCGUCCGAGGAGCCCUCGACGAUACUGCUCUUGGCACGGUACAGAAUACCGACUCCAGUACAGGCGCGCAAUUUCCUCGCACGAAGGAAGACGGUCGGAGGGUGCGUGUCGUGGAACCGCAUAUCGACCAUGACUAG